AUGCAUUUUAUGGCAGAUCCCACAGGUAGCCAGAAUCUGGGGCCCCUGGGCCUCCACAGCAACCCCCAGGCCCUGGGUCUCUUAAUAGUUCUGGUCAUGGUGAGCUUGGUGUUUGCUCAGUUCCCCAAAUACUUGCACGGCUAUCGAUGUCUCUUUGAGACAAGAUUGGGGUGCCUUCUGGGAUCUGACAUUUGCCACAUCCCACCUGGCAGCAGCUGCAUGACUCUCCUCAUAAAGAACAACAGUGGUUCUGACAUCAUGGUGAGCGGCCGUCACAGCAAGGAGCAAAUGGGUGAUUGCUCACACACCCGCACUUCUCCGGUGAUUGGCUUCUGGAUGUUCUCUCAAUGUUGCUUCACAGACUUCUGCAAUAACCCUCAGAACAGAGUGCUGUAUAUUCCUUAG